ACACAGCGCGUGAAUCAUUACGCCUGUCUGUGUACAACGUCGGGCCGACAUGCUAAUAAGUACACAAAUAACAAAAAUGCGUGAGUCAGUAAACUCCGGAGGAUCUCACACGCGAGGCUAAAAUCGCUGGGAUAAUCUCGCGGAACUGCCAGUUUAGCCGGGACGCUCGCGCGGUUCGCAUAUUAUAUAUUAAACUCCGAAUGGUGAAUUUCGGAAAAUUUACGAAAACUACAGUUUAUACUCGAACGAUCGAGUACACAAGUGUUAGGUGAUUUUUAUAUGCUACUAGAACACCUGAGCAGGUGGCAAACCGCUCGCGCGUGCUUCAGUCUAAAGAUCGUCGCGAUUUACGUCGUUGCGCUGAUCAUGUUUAUUUUCAAACAGUGGGGCAAGAAAUUCGCGAUGAACCGACAGCGCCACGAGAUUAAAGAACGUGUGCCCAUAUCCGCGAUCAAUCUUGCCUACGAAUCGGACGUCGAGCUGCGUCGACUCGCAUCGGCAUCGAUUAAGGGCAUGAGCGUCCAGAUUUCGAACUCGCUUAUCGAUCAGGAGACGAAUCGAUCUGCGCUCAAUGCCGGCGACGAAGAUAACGUCAGCGAAGGACGAGCUUCCUCGAAAAGCGGUAAACGUGCCCACGAAACGAGGGCCGAUUGCAAGUGUCGCAACUGUCGGGCCCUGUCGAACCUGACCGAAUGCGGCGUCUGCUUCGAGUCGCUGCAGAGCAACCAGAUCAAGGCCUGUCCCGUUUGCGCCAACGUCGUCUGCGUAAGCUGUGCCGUGAGGCUCAGCAGCUGCGCCUUCUGCAGGUCCACUCUGCCGCCCGAGAGAAAUCGGGCUCUCGAGAGGCUCGUCGAUCGCUUGAUUUUGCCGUGCAAACAUUCAAAGUCCGGAUGCAAAAUACUGCUGGACGGCGAGAGCAGAUUCAUCCACGAGUCGAUCUGCAACUUCGCGCCGAUAUGCUGUCCGGUGGGCCGGGGCAUUUGCGCAUGGCACGGAACCGUUGCGAGUGUCCAAUCGCACCUGCAAGCCGUGCACAAUUUGCUGCCCCUCCGGGACCACGGCAUCUCCGUCGAGAUCCACAGUUUUCGGAGCAAGGCCAAGGCCAACGACGGCCGCGUUUACACGGUCUGUCUCUCCUGCUACGACCAGCUCUUCGUGAUCCGAGUGGUCCUCCACCAAAACCGUCUGCGACUGUGCUUCACGCGUCUGGGCCACGCGACAGCUCAGCCGGUGAUCAGUCGACCUGCUCGUUACGGUGUCUCGGUGAUCAUUCGAGCUCACGCAGGUCGUCGAUUGCGUGGACUGGUGCCGUUCGGCAAGUACGACCGCGCGAGCCGCGACGUCAACGUCAACAUCGACAACCUAUACCCACGAGAUGACCAGGUCGUCUCGCCACCGCCUCCUGGCUGUCCGCACCGCAGGAAAGAGUGCGAGGAAGACCUGGUGAAAAUCGACAUGCUAGUCAAGAGGAUCGAGGAACCUUGAGCGAAGAUUAUAAGGUUUUCAGAAUUUAUCCAUUCUCUAUAGAGUUUCUAUUAAUUAUUGUUCGAAUGUUGAUUGUUCGUAUAUUAUCCAUGUUUCAUAUGAUGUUAUGGAACGAUAUGAGAUGAGAGCAGUUUGGAUUAUUUAAGUUUCAGUUGAGGAACCGAGAAUUUUUAUAUACUGCGUUUGAUAUAGCGAUACACGCUCUGGAUUGAGAACGUGUAAUCGUGUUUAUGUUUAGGCUACUGCGUCAAAUUGAAAUAAUACAUUUGAUUUUUUUCAACGAUAUCAUAGAUUUAGAAAUUUCAUGUUUUCGUUUUGUUUAUUUGUUCAAUGAAAUGAAUUAUUGUUUGUCUUUUUACGGAAUUAGAAAAACCGUUGGUGUAAAAUUUUAUUAGUUGAACUAAUUCGUAUAUAGUUGAAGCUUUGUAGUCUGCAUAUUUCUUUAUUUUUUCGAAUUCUUUGACAAAUUAUAUACUAUAUGUAAAAAAAAAUGAUAAAUGUAUUAUUUUUCUUUGACAAGAAAUCGUAUUUUUGGUUUAUUCUAUGCACUUUACUGAUGGCAUAACGUUUAUAUGGUGGUUUUAUUGAGAAAAAGUAUUGUCAGCAUUUUUAAACUGAAAUGCUUUGUGUUGAAAUUUGAUCGAAUGUGAUCAAUUUUUUUAAUAAGCGAAUUGAAUGUAAGAUUUUGUAAAAAGUAUUCUGAUCCCCUUGAAUAUUUGUUGUUCUUUCAUAGACAUAAUCACGUAGUUAUUAGAAAUGAAUAGAAACAAUUGUUCAUUUAUCAAGCAAAACUCCAAGAGGGUCAGAACACUUUUUCGUGAUUGUGAAUCGAGAGUAUUACUUAGACGUUAAUGAAAAAAUGGUUACAAAAUGUUCCUAUUAUUUAGAAAAGUUAUGCAUUGAAAUGAAGACUGUAAUUCAAUAGUUAGUAGUUUUAAAAAUGAUCUUGAUACUGUUGUGAUUAAUUUCUAUAUAUAUAUUUCGUUUGUAACAGAAUAUAUAUAUAUAUAUAUAUAUUUUUUAGUUUUAAGAAUUUUACUGUAAUACUUCAGAUGUACAUAUUUUUAGCUUGAAUUUAUUCAUUAAAUGUUAUGUAGUGAAAAAGUUAUUCGUAUGAAUAAUAAACGAUAUCUAUGAAUAUUUUAAUACCAUACUCACUUCA